AAAGCCUAGCUGGCACCUUUCUUCUUUACUAGAUACAGUUAGCAACGUUCCCAAAGCCAAACCCAAAGCCGCCUAAUUAAUUACUUCAUUUUAUUUAUUAAAAAGUAAGUAACAGCAGAAGAGGAAGCGAUGCAGAUGCACACUCAGAUUGCAAUUCUCAUUCCAUCGGAAAUGCGUUGAAUUGAUUGCGCAGAGCAGAAAAUGCGCCAAGCACUAGACCUAGGACUAGGAGGAGACGUCGCCCCAGAGGCGGAGAGGCGGCGGGUAACCGCGUGGAGCCGGUCACAAGGAGGAGCGCGGAGGGUGACGCCAAGCGACAGCACCGUGGAGAAGCGCUUAGCGAACGGUGACGUGUACAUGGGGGGCUUCUGGGCCAACGUGCCCAACGGAUCCGGGAAGUAUCUCUGGCAAGACGGGUGUAUGUACGAGGGAGAGUGGAAGCGAGGGAAGGCCUGGGGGAAGGGAAAAUUCUCGUGGCCCUCCGGCGCCACCUACGAGGGGGAAUUCAAAUGGGGUCGGAUGGAGGGGUUGGGGACAUUCACGGGAUCGGAGGGCGACACGUAUCGCGGGUCCUGGAGCUCCGAUAGGAAGCAGGGGUACGGGCAGAAGCGGUACGCCAACGGGGAUUUCUACGAGGGGUGUUGGAAGAGGAACGUGCAGGAGGGGGAGGGGAGGUACGUGUGGAGGAACGGGAACGAGUACUACGGGGAGUGGAAGAACGGCGUCAUCUGUGGCAGGGGUACCCUCAUUUGGGCCAAUGGGAACCGCUACGAGGGCCACUGGGAGAACGCCGUCCCCAAGGGCCAGGGUGUUUUCACUUGGCCCGACGCCAGCUCCUAUGUUGGCUGCUGGAGCAAGGACCUGAACCUGCACCUCCUCCACGGCACUUUUUACCCUGCCCCUGGGCCCCCCUCUCUCAGCAACACCUCCUCCUUCCACUUCGACUCUGCCAGACCCAGGAUUUGCAUCUGGGAAUCCCAGGGUGAAGCCGGGGAUAUCACCUGUGACAUAAUCGAUAAUGUCUCCUUGCUCUACCGUCACGGAACUCCAACCUCAACCAUCUCAGAUCGCCAACAUGUUAAGCCCUUUCGCCGGAUUCCUUCUGCCGAGGUCAAGAGGCCGGGCCAGACUAUAUCCAAGGGCCACAAGAAUUAUGAUCUCAUGCUUAAUCUGCAAUUGGGUAUAAGGUACUCUGUCGGGAAGGAAGCCUCCUUUUCGCGACAGCUUAAGCCUGCUCAUUUUGAUCCCAAGGAGAAGUUCUGGACAAGGUUUCCCGCUGAAGGAUCUAAGAUUACUCCACCGCAUCAAUCCUUGGAGUUCCGCUGGAAGGAUUACUGCCCUAUGGUUUUUAGGCAAUUGAGGAAGCUGUUUCAGGUGGAUCCUGCUGAUUACAUGUUAGCUAUAUGUGGGAAUGAUGCCCUCAGGGAGCUUUCCUCUCCAGGGAAAAGUGGAAGCUUCUUUUACUUGACCCAGGAUGACAGAUUUAUGAUAAAGACGGUGAAGAAAUCUGAAGUCAAGGUGCUUAUUCGGAUGCUUCGAAGCUAUUACCAACAUGUUUCUAAAUACGAGAAUUCACUUGUCACAAAAUUCUAUGGGGUACACUGUGUCAAACCAAUUGGAGGCCAGAAGACGCGCUUUAUUGUGAUGGGCAAUCUUUUCUGCUCUGAAUAUCCGAUCCAUAGACGAUUUGACUUGAAGGGAUCUUCACAUGGCCGUACAACAGAUAAGACCCAGGAGGAAAUUGAUGAAACUACCACCCUCAAGGACUUGGAUCUCAAUUUUGUGUUUCGUCUUCAAAAAGAUUGGUUCCAGGAUCUCAUCAAACAAAUUGAGCGGGAUUGUGCGUUCUUGGAGGCUGAGGGAAUUAUGGAUUACAGUCUUUUAGUUGGCCUUCAUUUUCGUGAUGAUAACACCUAUGAAAAAAUGGGAUUGUCCCCCUUUCUUUUGCGCAACGGGAAGUGGGAUUCUUAUCAGAGUGAAAAGUUCAUGCGUGGUUACCGCUUUCUUGAAGCAGAGCUGCAGGAUAGGGAUCGAGUUAAAUCUGGCCGGUAUGUGAAAAGGAAAUCAUUGAUUAGGUUAGGAGCCAAUAUGCCUGCAAGAGCUGAGCGCAUGGCGCGUAGGAGUGAUUUUGAUCGAUACACCCCUUGUUGCAGUGGGGAAACUUACGAUGUUGUUUUAUAUUUUGGGAUUAUUGACAUUUUGCAAGAUUACGAUAUCAGCAAGAAACUGGAGCAUGCUUACAAGUCCUUUCAGGUUGACCCUUCAUCAAUCUCAGCUGUUGAUCCAAAGCUCUACUCAAAAAGGUUCCGGGAUUUUGUGGGUAGAAUAUUCAUCGAAGACUGGUAAUAGUAUGUAAAAAAAAAGAGGCUGAAAUAUUGUCAUGAUGGUAAAGGGUUUUGAUCUGAAUGUCCAGAAAAAUAACUGAAAGUUGAACCCGUUGAUGGAGUUGGAGAGCUUGCAGUUGACUGUUCGAUUCACGGGCCACUGUUUCUGUGGCUGUAACCAAGAGUGCUCACCUGAAUGCAGGUUGUUUUCGUGGCUGAAUUUUGAACAUACACGGCCAUGAUAAUGAAGGCAGGGAGAUCUUUGUACAUGGAGGAUGAUAGAAAUGAUCUCUGUCUUUUUUUCUCUUGUUUUUUUCCCGUGAAUGGGGGGUGGGUUUUGUGGAUUUUUUGUGGUCAGAAAAUAGGAUAUGAAUAUGAUGUGAAAAAUGAUAGAUAGAGGAGACAUGGAAAUGUUUUCCGGAGAUUGGAUUCAAAAUGCGUGGAUAGUUUGGUGUAAUAAAGAAAGUGUACAGUUCAUUUAGAAAGGAUAGAUGGCGGAAGGUUUUAUUUAUUUAUUUAUUUUUGGUAAAUUCUUGAUUUUUUAAUCAGUCACUUGGCAAGUUCUUGUUUAA